UGUGCCCUGUCGUAAAAGCAACAAUGAUUGGAUGUAUAGUCCAUAUUUGUAGCAACCAUCUGUUCACCAACCAUAAUCCCCACUCAAAUAAAGCCUCCUUUCGCUCUUCCUCUUCACCAUCUCCCCUGCAAAACAAUGAAGAAAAGUAAGACCUGAGAGCUUCUCAAGCCUCAAACAUGCACGAAAACACGACAAAUUUACCAGGGAGAUCGAGAAAAUGGAUGGUGUUGGCCGCGUGCAUGUGGAUACAGGCAUUUACGGGGACGAACUUUGACUUCUCGUCUUAUUCGUCGGAUUUGAAGCUGGUAAUGGGGUUGUCACAGGUGCAGCUCAACUACCUAUCCUUGGCCUCCGACUUGGGGAAGCUCUUCGGGUGGUGUUCGGGCGUUUCCCUUCUGUAUUUCCCCGUAUGGCUCGUUCUCUUCCUCGCUGCUUUCAUGGGAUUCUUGGGCUACGGUCUUCAAUGGCUUGUCAUUCAAGAAACCAUCGCUUUGCCCUUUUUCUCGGUAUUCCUGCUGUGUCUGCUCUCGGGCUGCAGUAUCUGCUGGUUCAACACGGUCUGCUAUGUUCUGUGCAUCGAGAAUUUCCCGGCUAGUAGGCCUUUUGCGUUGUCCCUCAGUGUCAGUUUCAGCGGUGUGAGCCCGGCUUUAUACAACGUAACUGUUAAGGCUAUUAACUCUGAGAAUCACGGUCUCUACCUUCUACUCAACGCCACUUUGCCCCUCAUCACGUCAAUAGCAGCACUCCUCCCAAUCCUCCGGCAGCGCCCUCCUCCUCAAGUCGCUGCUCGGGAGAUUGAUUCUCGGGAAUAUGGCGUCUUUCUUUGUCACACUAUACUUGCAGCUUUCACUGGCCUCUAUCUGCUCGUACUAAAUUCAUUAUCUUACAGUACAACAACCGCUCAAAUCCUCCUUGCCGGGACCAUAUUCUUGUUGGUCCUUCCCGCAAUUACACCAGAAACCGUCUCUCCUCAAGAAUGGAUAUCGCAGCCCGUCCUUUCUAGGAGUUAUCAUUAUCAGGAAUUGAGUUCCCGGUCUAUUGACAAUGAUAAUCUCGNAAAAAAAAAAAAAACUAUAAAUUAUAAGUGGUGUGUCGGGGACCUGAGAGCUUCUCAAGCCUCAAACAUGCACGAAAACACGACAAAUUUACCAGGGAGAUCGAGAAAAUGGAUGGUGUUGGCCGCGUGCAUGUGGAUACAGGCAUUUACGGGGACGAACUUUGACUUCUCGUCUUAUUCGUCGGAUUUGAAGCUGGUAAUGGGGUUGUCACAGGUGCAGCUCAACUACCUAUCCUUGGCCUCCGACUUGGGGAAGCUCUUCGGGUGGUGUUCGGGCGUUUCCCUUCUGUAUUUCCCCGUAUGGCUCGUUCUCUUCCUCGCUGCUUUCAUGGGAUUCUUGGGCUACGGUCUUCAAUGGCUUGUCAUUCAAGAAACCAUCGCUUUGCCCUUUUUCUCGGUAUUCCUGCUGUGUCUGCUCUCGGGCUGCAGUAUCUGCUGGUUCAACACGGUCUGCUAUGUUCUGUGCAUCGAGAAUUUCCCGGCUAGUAGGCCUUUUGCGUUGUCCCUCAGUGUCAGUUUCAGCGGUGUGAGCCCGGCUUUAUACAACGUAACUGUUAAGGCUAUUAACUCUGAGAAUCACGGUCUCUACCUUCUACUCAACGCCACUUUGCCCCUCAUCACGUCAAUAGCAGCACUCCUCCCAAUCCUCCGGCAGCGCCCUCCUCCUCAAGUCGCUGCUCGGGAGAUUGAUUCUCGGGAAUAUGGCGUCUUUCUUUGUCACACUAUACUUGCAGCUUUCACUGGCCUCUAUCUGCUCGUACUAAAUUCAUUAUCUUACAGUACAACAACCGCUCAAAUCCUCCUUGCCGGGACCAUAUUCUUGUUGGUCCUUCCCGCAAUUACACCAGAAACCGUCUCUCCUCAAGAAUGGAUAUCGCAGCCCGUCCUUUCUAGGAGUUAUCAUUAUCAGGAAUUGAGUUCCCGGUCUAUUGACAAUGAUAAUCUCGAAAUCCACAAACAACUCACCAGAGACAAUGGUGCAACCGCUAAGGAUUCAAGACAGAACUCCUGUUAUUCCUGUAGUUCCAAAGAUCAAAGGAAAUGUCGGGUUCACAAUAAUGACAAUCUUGAAAUCCACAAAGAACACAUAAGAGAUGAAACAACAAGUACUAAGCAUUCAACACGGGAUUUGUAUAGUUCCAAAGAUCAGGAGCAAAAAUGGGAUCACAAUGAUUUCUUGAAAGAUCAUUCAGUGAUCCCGGGAGAGGAGCAUUCCACCAGUGCACUCAUCACCAGCCGGGAUUUUUGGCUCUAUUACAUAGCAUAUUUCUGUGGGGGAACAAUCGGACUGGUUUACAGCAACAAUCUAGGCCAAGUUUCUCAGUCACUCGGGUAUAGUUCAGACGUUACCGAGUUGGUUGCAGUCUAUUCAGCGUGUUCAUUCUUCGGGCGCUUGCUUUCCUCCGCCCCAGACUUCCUGCGCCAAAAGAUAUACUAUGCAAGGACCGGAUGGCUUGCAUUUUCACUAGUCCCAACACCAAUGGCGAUGUAUCUGCUCGUUUUAUCAGGAAGCAAUGCAGCAUUAACAUUGGCCACAGCUCUAAUUGGACUGAGUUCCGGGUUUGUAUUCUCAACAGCAGUGUCAAUCACAUCCGAGCUGUUUGGCCCCCAUAGUGCAGGGGUCAAUCACAACAUUCUCAUCACUGGCAUCCCCCUCGGGUCACUACUCUAUGGCCUUCUUGCAGCUCUAGUCUACGAAACAAAUCUACCGAAAACAAAUCAUUUCACUCUCUCCGAUGGAUCCAGGGUAUGCCUGGGAAGAAAAUGUUACACCGAGACAUUUAUGUGGUGGGGAUGCAUCUCCAUGUUCGGGUUGGUUUCCAGUGUACUUCUUUAUUUAAGAACCAAACCUGCUUAUGAGCGUGUGGAGAGGAACAAAAUGUGCACACAGUUUUCAUAAUGAGCCUUAUAUUUUUUGAGUACUAGUACUACUGACUCUAUUACAAUGCAGUAUCUAUUCAUAACUA